AUGGCGCGCGAUGAGCCCCUUCUGGCCCCGCGGCCCUCCUCCGACCGCUCUUCCAUCCGGAAUGCCGAGGAGGAAGACGCCCUACUGACCGGGGAACGCACACGUCGGGACCAGCAGCAAAGUCGGUGGGCGUUCUGGAAAGAAGUCGGCCUCUUCACCUGGGCCUUGAUCGCCACCAUUGCCGUCGUGGUUCUCGCCGUGGUCUUCCAGCAUGAGACCAGCCGCAGCCGCGCUGACUCCAAGCAGCCCUGGGGCCCCGGGGGGAAGCCGAGCGGCAAGCGCAAUUUGAUCUUCAUGGUCUCCGACGGAAUGGGUCCGACUAGUCUCACCAUGACCCGGAAUUUCAGACAGUAUACCGAGGGAUUGCCUGUUGACGAGACACUCCUCUUGGAUAGACAUAUCGUGGGGACGUCGCGGACGAGGUCUAGCUCCAGUCUGGUGACUGAUUCGGCGGCCGGCGCUACGGCUUUCUCGUGCGCGUUUAAGAGCUACAAUGGGGCUAUCUCUGUGCUGCCGGAUCAUACACCCUGCGGCACGGUCCUCGAGGCUGCUUCGUUGGAGGGUUACAAGACUGGGCUCGUGGUGACGACUCGCAUCACCGAUGCGACUCCGGCUUGCUUCGCCUCGCACGUGAACAUGAGACAAUACGAGGAUCGGAUCGCCGAGCAGGAAAUCGGAGAACACCCGUUGGGACGUGUGGUGGAUCUCAUGCUGGGUGGUGGUCGGUGCCAUUUCCUGCCCAACUCCACCGAGGGUAGCUGUCGCGGGGACGACCGGGACCUGGUGGGCGUCGCACAGGAGAACGGCUUCCAGUAUAUAAAUGAUCGGAAAGGCUUCGACUCGUUACACGAGGGUGCGGAUGCUAAACUCCCCCUCCUCGGACUCUUCGCGGAGAAGGACAUCCCGUUUGAGAUCGACCGUCGCAGCCAGAACGAGGUGUAUCCCUCUCUGGAGGAGAUGGCGCGCACCGCGCUCAAGACCCUCAGCGCGGCGACCGCCGACAGUGAGCAUGGAUUUUUCUUGAUGAUCGAGGGAUCUCGCAUCGACCACGCCGGACACGGCAACGACCCGGCCGCGCAGGUCCACGAGGUUCUCGCAUACGACAAGGCGUUCGCUGCUGUGUUGGAGUUCCUCGAGCGAGACGAAACUCCGGGAGUGGUGGUCAGCACGUCGGAUCACGAGACUGGCGGUUUGGCCGCGGCGCGACAGCUUCACGCGUCAUAUCCGGAGUACCUAUGGCUUCCGGGGGUUCUGGCGAACGCCAGCCACUCGUCGGAGUACGCCAACCAGAAGUUUAAGGAGUAUCUCUCCGAGGAGUCCGACAAGUCGAAACAUCGCAAGUUCACGCGCGAUCUUCUGGAGAAGACACUGGGUGUCACCGACGCUUCGAAAGAAGAAAUCGACCUUUUGCUUGACCCGAACUCCCCGUAUGACUCGCAAUACGUGUUUGCGGACAUCAUCAGUCGACGGGCGCAGAUCGGCUGGUCCACGCAUGGUCAUUCAGCCGUCGAUGUCAACAUCUACGCCUCCUCCACCCAAGACGCCUGGCCUCUGGUCGGCAACCACGAAAACACCGAAGUCGGCUCUUUCCUAGCCGACUACCUCGAUCUCGACCUGAAGCACGUCACAGAGAAACUUCGUGCCGGCGCAGUGUCCUCUCUCGACGAGACCAAGUCCGAGGGUUCCUCGCUCGCGUGGCUCGGCGAUCCUCUGGGUGAAGACGUCCGCACUGAGGGACUUGAUACAUACCAUGGCGAUUAUCGGAAACGGUCCGUGCAGGCGGACUCAGGGUGUUCUUGUGGGGAAGCCCACUGA